CCAAAUUCAAAAAUCAUCAUUCAGUUCAGAAUUCAGAUUGAAAUUCAAGAUUCAAAUUUAGAAUUAAAAUCUUGAAUUCACAAUUAUGAAUGCAAUUUGAAAUUCACGAUUCAUAAUGUACAUAUUAAUAAACUAAGAUUUACAUGUGGGAUGCCAUAACGACCGAUUUGAACGAGUAAUUACUCGAAGCAUCUAUAAGCCAUUAGGACGCCCCUCGGCGAUAAGUCAAAACUUAUGUAAGACCCUUCACACACACCGACACGCAGUUGUCAUUCAUCGUCGCGUCGGAAUCCAUCGCGGGUCGGCAUCAACCAAUGUCAUCGUGGUGCAGAGCGAACGGGAAACCCUUAGGCGCCGUGUCUGUAAAACGUCGGGUUCCGUUUCCGGUUCUAUUUCUGCGGGGAAAUACUCUUCGUUUCGAGUUUUACAGUGUCCUGGAGAUUCAGGUAACAAACGCGUCUUUCGUGCGAACAACCUCGCGGGCCAAACCAGUGUGCAUAAUGAUGCUAAGAUACUCCGCUCGAAUGUACGUUUGAUUGUAACAUUCAUUAUUGUGUAACAUCCGGAUGAUUCCCACAGGAAAUUACAUUCUAAGCCGCACAUAACGGACGUAAUUUUACGCUGACAACGGUGGACAGUCUUCCGGUAAUUGUUCCGGAUAAGUGAAUUCAAAUUUUGUGACAUGUUCGUUCAACAACACAAAGGAGGAAAACGAGACUCAUUAGACGGACGGCAAGGGUGUCAGCUGUCUUGGAUCGCUACGUGUUGCUUGUGUCCGAUGAUGACCAAAUCUGCAGUUUCUUCCCCGUACACAUUUUCGACAAUUUUAUAAGGGUUAUUACUAUUCAUAUUUGUUAAUGACCCCGGGUUAUUACUAUUCAAAUUUGUUAAUGUCAUCGUGGUGCGGAGCGAACGGGAAACCCUUAGGCGCCGUGUCUGUAAAAUUUCGGGUUCUUUUUCCGGUUCUAUUUCUGCGGGGAAAUACUCUUCGUUUCGAGUUUUACAGUGUCCUGGAGAUUCAGGUAACAAACGCGUCUUCCGUGCGAACAACCUCCCGGGCCAAACCAGUGUGCAUAAUGGUGCUAAGAUACUCCGCUCGAAUGUACGUUUGAUUGUAACAUUCAUUAUUGUGUAACAUCCGGACGAUUCCCACAGGAAAUUACAUUCUAAGCCGCACAAUAACGGACGUAAUUUUACGCUGACAACGGUGGACAUUCAAUUAUGACGUGCGUUCUUACAGUCUUCUGGUAAUUGUUCCGGAUAAGUGAAUUCAAAUUUUGUUACAUAUUCGUUCAACAACACAAAGAAGGAAAACGUACAAGGGUGCAAGGGUGUCAGCUGUCUUGAAUCGCUACGUGUUGCCUGUGUCCGAUGAUGACCAAAUCGUAAGUUCUUCCAAAUUGAUUCACUGAAUACGAAAGCCAAAAUUAAGAUUUUUUGUGUUAUGACCAUAUAUUAAAAUUUCGCUGAAAUUGUAUGCUCUUUAGUGAAAAUUAUAGCUUAAUUUUCAUUAACGUUGCUGAUAUUUACAUCGUUUAUAGAAUUAGAUGUAGUAGUGCACAGUCCAAAUUCAAAAACCAUCAUUCAGUUCAGAAUUCAGAUUGAAAUUCAAGAUUCAAAUUUAGAAUUAAAAUCUUGAAUUCACAAUAAUGAAUGCAAUUUGAAAUUCACGAUUCAUAAUGUACAUAUUAUUAAACUAAGAUUUACAUGUGGGAUGCCAUAACGACCGAUUUGAACGAGUAAUUACUCGAAGCAUCUAUAAGCCAUUAGGACGCCCCUCGGCGAUAAGUCAAAACUUAUGUAAGACCCUUCACACACACCGACACGCACUUGUCAUUCAUCGUCGCGUCGGAAUCCAUCGCGGGUCGGCAUCAACCAAUGUCAUCGUGGUGCGGAGCGAACGGGAAACCCUUAGGCGCCGUGUCUGUAAAACGUCGGGUUCCGUUUCCGGUUCUAUUUCUGCGGGGAAAUACUCUUCGUUUCGAGUUUUACAGUGUCCUGGAGAUUCAGGUAACAAACGCGUCUUUCGUGCGAACAACCUCGCGGGUCAAACCAGUGUGCAUAAUGAUGCUAAGAUACUCCGCUCGAAUGUACGUUUGAUUGUAACAUUCAUUAUUGUGUAACAUCCGGAUGAUUCCCACAGGAAAUUACAUUCUAAGCCGCACAUAACGGACGUAAUUUUACGCUGACAACGGUGGACAGUCUUCCGGUAAUUGUUCCGGAUAAGUGAAUUCAAAUUUUGUGACAUGUUCGUUCAACAACACAAAGCAGGAAAACGAGACUCAUUAGACGGACGGCAAGGGUGUCAGCUGUCUUGGAUCGCUACGUGUUGCUUGUGUCCGAUGAUGACCAAAUCGUAAGUUUCUUCCCAAAUUGAUCCACUGAAUACGAAAGCCAAAAUUAAGAUUUUUUGUGUUAUGACCAUAUUUUAAAUUAGUGCAGUUUCUUCCCCGUACACAUUUUCGACAAUUUUAUAAGGGUUAUUACUAUUCAUAUUUGUUAAUGACCCCGGGUUAUUACUAUUCAAAUUUGUUAAUGUCAUCGUGGUGCGGAGCGAACGGGAAACCCUUAGGCGCCGUGUCUGUAAAAUUUCGGGUUCUUUUUCCGGUUCUAUUUCUGCGGGGAAAUACUCUUCGUUUCGAGUUUUACAGCCUGGAGAUUCAGGUAACAAACGCGUCUUCCGUGCGAACAACCUCCCGGGCCAAACCAGUGUGCAUAAUGGUGCUAAGAUACUCCGCUCGAAUGUACGUUUGAUUGUAACAUUCAUUAUUGUGUAACAUCCGGAUGAUUCCCACAGGAAAUUACAUUCUAAGCCGCACAAUAAUGGACGUAAUUUUACGCUGACAACGGUGGACAUUCAAUUAUGACGUGCGUUCUUACAGUCUUCUGGUAAUUGUUCCGGAUAAGUGAAUUCAAAUUUUGUGACAUAUUCGUUCAACAACACAAAGGAGGAAAACGUACAAGGGUGCAAGGGUGUCAGCUGUCUUGAAUCGCUACGUGUUGCCUGUGUCCGAUGAUGACCAAAUCGUAAGUUCUUCCAAAUUGAUUCACUGAAUACGAAAGCCAAAAUUAAGAUUUUUUGUGUUAUGACCAUAUAUUAAAAUUUCGCUGAAAUUGUAUGCUCUUUAGUGAAAAUUAUAGCUUAAUUUUCAUUAACGUUGCUGAUAUUUACAUCGUUUAUAGAAUUAGAUGUAGUAGUGCACAGUCCAAAUUCAAAAACCAUCAUUCAGUUCAGAAUUCAGAUUGAAAAUCAAGAUUCAAAUUUAGAAUUAAAAUCUUGAAUUCACAAUAAUGAAUGCAAUUUGAAAUUUACGAUUCAUAUUGUACGUAUUAAUAAACUAAGAUUUACACUCAUAAUUAUAUUUUGUCAUCCACAUUUGUAAAAUAUUUCAACAUAAUUUUUAAAAAUACAAAUUUUAACUCCUUGGUAGAACGCUCGCUAUUAUAAAAUGUAUUAUCAGAUUAAUUUUGGAUUAACUAUCUUUCCGAAUUUUGGUUUUCUUGAUCACAGUGUAAUACUUAACAGCAUAUAGGUAGGCGUUGUGUUGACUGACUGGCAGGUUGACUGACAGCAAUUCUAUACAUCCCUUUUUCAGGCUGGCAGCCUCCAUUUAUUUCACUUCGAAUUGGCGCUGAAAGUUGUCUACAUUUUAUUCUUGUAAAUAACGGUGAAAUAGAUACAAAAAGAAAAGUACCAGUGCGUGGAAAGUCGAUUGUUGGUGCCUUAACUAUUGUUGGUGCCUUAACUAUUGUUGGUGCCUUAACUAUUGUUGGUGCGUAUAAGUUUUUAAACAUGUCUCGCACCAAAAAAUAUUCAUCGGAAUACAAAGCAAAAAAACUUCGUUUACACAAUAAGCAAAAGUACAUUAAAAAACUUGCUUCCGUUAUAAAUGAGCAAAAAAGAAAAUCAGAUGUCAGUUUUUCUAAUCAACCAAACGCAACAAUUUUGGAAGAAAUACAAACAAAUCAAAAUUGUUACAGUGAAGAAAAUCGACAAAGAGAAAUUUUGAAUCAUGCAGAAGCAAUUGAUGAUUAUGCUUAUCCUAUUGUAAACGAAGAUAACUCAUAUGAAGAGCAAGAACAACAAAAAAUACAGUUUCGAUAUCAGAGGAAAAGAAGAGAUAUUGAAAUUUCUUCAAUCAUUCGAGAAAAAAAUGCUAAAAGGAUUCGAGAAAUAAGAGCAGAUAUGAGCUAUUACGAAAAUGAAAAAAAAAUAAACAGAUUUCGUAUGCGUAAGAUAAGAAAUGAAAACAUGGAAUACUAUGCAAGAGAGAAGAAUAAUAUUUUAUGCAAAUUAGCAGAAAAACGUUUAAGACACGUAAACGUCCAAGCUGUGCCGAAUCCUUCAAAUUUGUUGAAUAUACGUUUACAGAGAAGCAAUGAAACGUAUCAUGUUAAUGAAAAUGCACGCAACAGAUUAUCACGACGGGAGCAAAGAAUGAAUGAAUUCAUAGCUCAUCGAGACAAAUACUACAACCUUCUAAUUCGUUCGAAUGAUAUUCAAUCGAAAUCAAUAAGGGAAUUCAUUGAGAAUAGAAAGCAGAUGCCCAGUUAUGUAUGCGCAAGCUGCGAGGGUUCAUUUUUCUUUAAGAGUGUUCAAAAAAUUUCUAAACAGAUAAUUGAUAAAAUUCUGAAAAACGAAAACGUUCAGAAUACUUGCGAUUCACAAACCUUGAAUUAUUAUUUUCAAAAUUCUUGUAAUUUUCUGUGUAAAACUUGCAUUAAAUAUGUAAAAGAAGGUAAAAUUCCCAAGCUUGCUUCAAGUUGGGGCUUAAAAUUACCGCCGGUUCCCGAAUGCAUUACAAGACUUAAUGAUAUUGAAGAAAGAAUAGUUUCUCCUUAUGUUGCUUUCCAAAAGGUUGUUCUCAUGUCAAAACGUGCUUGUAAUCCACAGCUUGGAAUGAAAGGGAGUGCAAUUCAUGUGCCUAGUAGUGUGCCCCUAAUGGUUUCGUCUUUGCCAAGACAACUAAAUAAUCUUGAUGUUAUACCUAUACCGGUGGAAUUCAAACGACAUAUGGGUCACUCUUCCACAUAUAUAAGUGGAUUGGUCCGUGUGUCAUAUGUAUCAGAAGCUCUUGAUUACUUGAAAAAUACUGAAUUAUACAAAAGACAUGAUAUACAAGUUUCUUCUUAUGGAAUGAGAACUCUCACGGAAGAAAUCAAUCAGAACAAUGUCAUAAAUUUAGUUGACGGUGAAAAUCAAGUUGCUUCAAGUGACGAAGGUAAUAUUAGGAAUAAUCAACCCUUUUCUGGCUUUGAACAAGAGGUGAAUUCGAAUUUACAAUUAGACGAUUUAGAGGUUGACGAUGAAUUUUAUGAACACUUGGUGGAUGAUGACGAUGAAUGUUUACUUUUCGACUUCAAUCAACAAACUGCACAACAUGCCACUAUUGUUAUGGCCCCAGGACAAAAUCACUGGCCUGUUUCGGUUCACAUUCAACCAGAUGUUGAAUGUUUUUGUUUUCCAAAAAUUUUCGCUGGAAAAAAAAGGCAAAUACUUAACAAAAAUAUUACAAGAUCUGAUUUAAUUAAAUGGGAAGUACGUUGUCACACAGUAAAAAUUUCUGCAUUCAGAAUUUUAUAUUUGGCCAAAAUCAAAUUGGAAUCAGAAGUUCUUAGUUCAACUACACUUACAUUAAAAAAGAAAUCUAAUGCUAAAGGUGUUACAGUUGAGGAAGCACUAAAUCCCCAGUUUAUUGCAGAGCUUAGGCAGCAUAAUGAUGGGUUGAAUUUUUUAAAGCACAUCAGGUGUUCUCCAAGUUUUUGGAGCGCCAAGAAAAAGAAUCUUUUUGCAAUGUUGCGGCAGUGCGGAAAACCAAUGUUUUUCUUAACCGUGUCUGCAGUUGAAAAUAAAUGGCCUGAAUUGAUACAAGGUUUGGUAUUAAAGACUACAGGGAAACAAAUUUCGUUAUUGCAAGCUCUUAACCUUCCGGAACAACAAAAACACGAUCUUAUCAAAGAAAAUCCUGUAUACUCAGCAUUGUACUAUGAUUUUAAAAUUACUGAGCUAAUGAAACUAAUGAAACAAAGCUCAGGCCCAUUCCAACCGUAUAAAAUAUCAGAUUUUUAUCGAAGGCGCGAAUUUCAAAUGAGGGGAUCUCCCCAUGACCAUAUGUUACUGUUUAUUGAAGAUGCACCUUGUCUAGAUUUAAAUAAUGAAGAUAGUAUAAAAGCUUUUGAAAAGUUUGCAGACACAUUUAUCACAUGUCAGUAUGAUGCUGAUAAUCCACUUUGUAAAUAUUUGCGUCACAAGCAUACUGAUACAUGUUCAAAAGGACGAAGUAAUAAAAACACUUGUAGAUUUAAUUUUCCAAAGUUUGUUCUAGCAGAAACUAAAAUUCUUAUACCAUUGCCCAAGAACGAAGUUUCUGCAGCGGUUAAGAAAAAUCUACAGAGAAUAAAAGAAACGAUGGAAGUUCUAUAUUCAAGUAAAGAAAGAUCAAAUCUUAGUUUUGAAGAAAUUUUAGAUAGCUUAGAUUUGACAAAAGAUGAUUACAUCACCGCUUUAAGAGCUUCUAUAAGUAAAGUUACAAUAUUUUACAAACGCAGGAGUUGUGAAGUUGAUAUCAAUUCUUAUAAUCCAAUAAUAUUGAAUUUAAUGGAGUCAAAUACAGAUUUGCAGCUUAUUCUAGAUGAAUACGGCGUUGCAGCAUACAUUGUUGAUUACAUAGCUAAGUCUGAAUCGGGACUCUCGAAGCAAUUGAAAGAACUGCAAAAUGAAUUAGAUAAAAGAAAUACUACUUAUCUUGAAAAGUUAAGAACAAUUGCUAACAAAUUUAUCAAUUCGAAUCUAAUGAGUGUCAGCGAAGCUAUUUAUCACUGUUUAAGUAUUCCUUUGUCCCAUUUCAGUCGAACUCAUAUAUAUAUCAGCACCUGUAAAUCUGAAGAUAGAGUAGUUUUUCUUAAAUCAGAAAAACAAUUAAGAUCAAUGUGCAAAGAUAGUACUGAUAUCGCUGGUAAAGAUAUCAUAACAUAUUAUGCGGAACGGGUAGAUUUACAGAACAUUUGUUUAGCUGAGUACGCUGCAUUUUAUUUUAAAACUAAAGGAAAAAGACGUUCUGAUAAAAACAGGUCAGAGAUUUCUGAUGAAGAAGAGGACAUUGAAGAAACAGAAGUAGAUAGAGAAAAUCCUAACCAUAAGAGAAGAAAAAUAGCUCGAAUUCUGAGAUAUAAUCGAUACAAAAUCGAACAAGAUCCCGACAAUUAUUAUCGAGAGCAACUACUUCUAUUCUAUCCUUGGAGAAAUGAAAUCAAUGAAAUUGAAACAGUGAACUGGUUGGAAGUGUAUAAUAAUAACCUAGGUGUUAUUACUAGAAAUCGUUCUAAAUUUCAAAUACUGUCAGAUGAUGUAAUAGACAAAGCAAUAGAAGCCGCAAAUGAUAAUAGAGCAGAAUUAGAAAACGAAGAAAUUUCCGAAUUUGAACAAAAUCAGUUGUCUAAAGAUCAUGAAAUUGAUAUUCUUGUACAAGGAGGUAUUGAUAGACCGAAAACUUUUACUCCAUUUGUGUAUUCUGCUCCUCCGAAAGUAAACAAACGUGAUCUUCUUGAAAAUCUAAGAAAGCUGAAUAACAGACAAAGAGAAAUUGUAAUUCAUAUUUACAAAUGUUUUAAACUGAAAAAGUUACCUUUUAAAAUUUUCAUUUCCGGCUCAGCAGGUGUGGGAAAAAGUUUAGUUAUAUCAACAAUAUAUCAAUUGAUUACAUAUUUUCUGGAGUACUGUGUUGAAACCUCAGUUUGGCAAUCAUCAGAUUCUGUCAAAGUGUUAUUGAGCGCGUUUUCUGGCAAAGCUGCCUUUUUAAUUGGAGGGAAUACUUUGCACUCAGCCUUUGCCUUACCUUUGACUGAAACUAGAAACAUUCCAGAUUUACCUAUGGACGUCGCAAAUAAUUUACGUCAACAGUUGUUACAUUGUAAAUUGAUCGUUAUAGAUGAAAUAUCAAUGGUUGGAAGUACCAUUUUCAGUCGUAUAGAUACAAGAUUGCGCCAAAUUACAGGAGUUGAUGAAAGUUUUGGUGGUUUAUCUGUAAUAACCGUAGGAGAUUUCCGACAACUUCCGCCGGUCAAAGAUAGAUUCAUUUUUAACCCUCCCAGAGAUUGUUUGGUGACGUUGGAUCUUUCCCCUUUAUGGGCGGAUUUUGAAUUUUAUGAAUUAACUGAGGUCAUGAGGCAGAAAGACGACUUAGACUUUGUUAAUGCGUUAAACAAUUUUGCCCAGGGAACUAUGAAUGCUGCAGACAUCAACAUUUUUAAAAGUAGAGAAGUCGCUGAAAAUGAAGUACCUAGUGACGCUAUAAGGUUGUACUAUACGAAUUUGGAUGUUGACAGAUAUAAUGCCAUAAAAAUAGCAGAGUCUAAUGAAACAGAAAUUUUAAGUUUGGCUGAAGAUAAAUUGACAGGCAAUUUGAAAGAAGAACAAAUUUUAAAGAAACUUGAUAUUUGGAAGGCUAAAACUACCAGAGAUUGUGGAGGGUAUCCAUAUUCUAUACAAUUCAAAAAAGGUAUCAAGUACAUGGUAACUGCAAAUCUAGAUGUAUCGGAUGGUAUCGUAAACGGUGCAACUGGAGUUUUGGAAUUUGUUUUUUGUAAUCCACAGUCAAGUAAACCUAUCAUAGUGUAUCUUAAUUUUGACAGUAAGAAAGUUGGCAGAAAAGCUCGACUUAAAUUUCAUGAAUUUACAGAAAAUUUGAAUCUUAACAAAAACUGGACGCCUAUUGAAAGACAAAGAUAUAGUUUGACUAAUCAUUUUCAACGUGACUAUCAAAUUACUCGAAAUCAAUUCCCAUUAGUUCCCUGUGAAGCGCUUACAAUUCAUAAAAGUCAGGGACAAACAUAUUCAAAAGUAUGCGUUGAUUUACGCAAGAAAGGGAACUCGACACGUCAGUUGAUUUAUGUUGCCUUGAGUCGUGUUUCGAAACUAUCUGGCCUUUAUAUAUUAGGAAAUUUUCCGGGAAAUAUGGCCGACAAUCCUACUAUCAGAGCUUGUUUGAAAGAAACGGAAAGAUUGAAGACGUAUAGACAAUUAACUUUAUCUUUUAAUAAUUUAACAACUCACACAGGAUUGGUAAUUGCUUAUCAGAAUUCUAGAUCUUUAAGAGAAAAUUUGAAGUAUAUCAACGCAGAUGCAUGGUAUUCGAGAUGUGACAUAAUUGUAUUUUCUGAAACGGGUAUCCUGACAAACGAUGAAGUAAAUAUACCCAAUUUUAAUAUUGUUUACCGAUCAGAUAGACAAACACUUCCAUUGUUUGUUAAGAGUGGCAUUGCAAAAGGUAUAAUAUGCUAUGCGAAAAUUGGUUUAAUAAUUUCAGUAGAAAGUCAUAAGACGGUUUUUAAAGCCAAUAACCUCAAUAAAUAUGUUGGCCACACCGACUUAGUGAUUCUAAAAUAUAGACAUCUUUCGCUUCUUACAGGCUAUAAAUCACCUAAAAUUAAUUAUAAUGAAUUUAUAUCUGUAUUCAAUUCAAUUCACAACGGUAAUAAUGACCCAACCAUAUUGAUAGGAGAUUUCAAUUUCAAUCUCAACAGUACAUGUGACGAAACAAAAAAAUUUGUUAAAUACCUGAAUAGAAUGAAUCUUUUUGAUAAGUUAGUUUGUAACGAGCCUACAACAGAUCUUGGUUCAAGAUUAGAUAUUGUGUUUUCGAACAUAAGAAAUAUUUCAACUGGUGUAUAUGAGUCUUAUUUUUCUGACCACAAACCAGUCUUUGCAAUAAUUCGUGAAACAGUAUUGGAAUUGGAUUCUGCUGAAUUUCUAGAAAGCGAGUAUUAUGAUAAUUCUUUAUCAAAUUUUGUCAAUGACAACAUCCACAAUGAACUUUUCAAUGACCCUCCAGAAGAACUUUUUAAUGAUGCUAAUAUUUUGAUUGAAAAUUCAAGAACACAGAUACUUGAAAACGAAGAAUGGUCCAACGCUGAACUUUUUAGAAAUUUGAAUGAAGCGUUAUCAGAUAUUUUGGUUACUUCAAUUGAUUUUAAUGUAGAUACAGAAUACCGCAUUUUGUCAUUGCUAGAAAAUUAUUCUGAAUCACUUGAUCUUGCUUGUACGCAUUUGAAAGUUUGCCCAAUUCAGAUUUUUGAUAAUUUUCGAGAUAUCGACAGGAGGGCGAAUGAACAGUAUUGUCAUGAUGAAUUUGUUGAAAUUGAAAUUCCGAGAGAUGGAAAUUGUCAGUUUCAUUCGAUUUCAUAUUCUUUGAUUGGGAAUACUAAUUUGUCAAAUGUUCUUCGAACGUUGGCAUUCAGAAGCGUUUUACAAAAUAAGUCCUAUUUUGAAGGCAGAGAAAAUUUACUUGAAUCAGGAUCAUUUUUUAAACUUCUUUGUAUUUCAUGUGAAGACAGUGCCUGGGGUAAUGCGGACACUUUAUAUGCAUUGAGUAUUAUUUUACAGCGAAGUAUUUUUGUCGUUAUCAAAGGAACCCCAAUUAAUUGUUUGGAAAUUAGACCAGCAGUAGCAUCAUUCACUCCGAUUGUUUUGAUUUACGGAUCAUCCCAUUAUAAUGUACUUCUUCCAAUAGAACUUAAUUCUAAAUAUGAGUUUCCGAAUAUAAGUGUAAUUGAUGUAAGAGAAACGGAACUGUUUUCUUAAUUUUUUACUUGUUCAAAUGGUUUCGAUUUAAAACAUGCCAUUCAAAGCAGCAUAUUAUUUGGUGGAUUAAAAUUGAGUGCAGUUCAUAAAAGUUGUGUUGCGUGCGAUAUUGUGAUAUUGUUAUUACACUGUGCCAUAUCAUUGAGAGCUUUCAAGGUUAAAUUAAAUGCCUGGAGUAUAAGCACAGUCAGUUUAAUUUUAAAUAAAAUUUUUGGUAAGGCGUCAACAUUGAUAAGAAAAGUCACUACAGAUCUCAGUUAAACUUUGGUAUUUGUGUAUCGAACGUAGUGUCGAGAAACAGACAGUUAUGCUGCGAUUCGCUAGAAUGAUAAUGAUGACGAUGAUAAUGAUGAUGAUAAUGAUAAUGUUUAUAGUUGUUGAAUUUCCAGUGGCUUUUUGCCGUCUUUUAACUAAAAUAAAGAGAAGUCUACAUAUAUUUGAGCACUGCGCGGUUUUUACAUUAAAUGUUCCAAAUCUGAAAGGUUUCUCAGUACAAUUGUAGCAGUAAAGGUAUGUGACUUGUUGAAAAUAAGUUCUUUUUAAUCUUUUUGAAAAUAUUACUCGCUACGCUCAAAUAGUUGUAGGGGAAUGAGGUGGGAACAUUAUCAUCAUCAUUAUUAUCAUUACUUUAUUAUUCAAAUUUCAUACCAUACGAUACAUACCAUACAUUUAACCGUACGUUAAACCUCGCAAUUGUUUCGAUCGAAUGUCAAUCCGAAUAAAGCUGACAAGAUAUCACUGCUCAAAGCGAAAUAAAAUGAUCAAUUGCUUUACCUUACACGCUAGGAAAUUUACUGUAAAUUUUUGAGCGGAUCAGGAGACCACUAGGAAAUUUUGUGGAAAACUGUAGAGCGGAUCGGGAGACCGCUAGGAAACUUUGUGGAAAAAUGUAGAGCGGAUCGGGAGACCGCUAGGAAAUUUACUGAAAAUAGUUGAGCGGAUCGGGAGACCACUAGGAAAUUUGCUGAAAAUAGUUGAGCGGAUCGGGAGACCGCUAGAAAAUUUUGUGGAAAACUGUAGAGUGGAUCGGGAGACCGCUAGGAAAUUUACUGAAAAUAGUUGAGCGGAUCGGGAGACCACUAGGAAAUUUGCUGAAAAUUGUUGAGCGGAUCGGGAGACCGCUAGAAAAUUUUGUGGAAAACUGUAGAGUGGAUCGGGAGACCGCUAGGAAAUUUACUGAAAAUAGUUGAGCGGAUCGGGAGACCAUUAGGAAAUUUGCUGAAAAUUGUUGAGCGGAUCGGGAGACCGCUAGGAAAUUUUGUGGAAAACUGAAGAGCGGAUCGGGAGACCGCUAGGAAAUUUACUGAAAAUAGUUGAGCGGAUCGGGAGACCGCUAAAAAAUUUUGUGGUAAACUGUAGAGCGGAUCGGGAGACCGCUAGGAAAUUUACUGAAAAUAGUUGAGCGGAUCUGGAGACCGUUAGGAAAUUUGCUGAAAAUUGUUGAGCGGAUCGGGAGACCGCUAGGAAAUUUGUGGAAAACUUUAGAGCGGAUCGGGAGACCGCUAGGCAAUUUGCUGAAAAUUGUUGAGCGGAUCGGGAGACCGCUAGAAAAUUUUGUGGAAAACUGUAGAGCGGAUCGGGAGACCGCUAGGAAAUUUACUGAAAAUAGUUGAGCGGAUCGGGAGACCAUUAGGAAAUUUGCUGAAAAUUGUUGAGCGGAUCGGGAGACCGCUAGGAAAUUUUGUGGAAAACUGAAGAGCGGAUCGGGAGACCGCUAGGAAAUUUACUGAAAAUAGUUGAGCGGAUCGGGAGACCGCUAAAAAAUUUUGUGGUAAACUGUAGAGCGGAUCGGGAGACCGCUAGGAAAUUUACUGAAA